AUGGCAGAGCACCUAACGGAAUUGGAGAAGAUGACUAAACCCGUUCUUGAUGCUCUGAGAAGCUACCAGGAUUUGCCUCCGGAUAAAGCUUUGGCUACACUAGAAUUCGAAGACAAGAAAAGGCAAUACGAAGCAGCGGAGAAGCGUCUAGAAGAAGUAUUACAAUCAGCUCUUGAGUGA